AUGCUAAUGGGGACUUAUUCUAUUCCCCAUUGCAGAAGGUUCCUGUGCGUGUGCUGGCUGCCAGCCUUUGCCCUCUCAGAGCUGACCUUUCCCCAGCCGGGGGGCCCCCCGGGGGGCCCCCGGGGGGCCCCCCGGCGCUGCGCUGCGGGGCUGCGGGGCAGCUGCUGCCGCUGCUUGGCACUGAGCACUAGAGAUGGGGGGGCCUCUUUGUGGCUGCUGAAGGAGAAAGAGGGGCCCCUGCCUGAGCGCCUCUGCCUCGCAGCAGACUUAAGUGCCCUCUGGCGCCUCGAGAGCUCUGAAGGCCUUUUGGGGGCCCCCCCUUAUGUGUACUUCUGGCACUGGGACCCAACCCAGGGGCCCCCCGAGGGGCCCCCCGGGGGGCUCCCAAGGGGGCCCCCAGGAGAGGGGCCCCCAGCGGAGGGGCCCCCAGGUGGGGGCCCCUCCUCUGCUGGGGGCUGUUCUUUAACAGGGUCUUCUGGGAGGGCCCUUGGAAGUACCCUUGGGGGCCCCUCUGGAGGGGUUUCUGGGGUGGCUGCUCGAGGGGCCCCUGGGGGGCCCCCAGGGGGGGCCCCCCUAGAAGUACCCGGGGGGCCCCCCGGGGGUCAAAUGACUUGUGAGCGUUUUGAACUGUUUCGAAGUGGCCUUCCGAUGGUUUUAGAUGAACCUCUUGUUGCUUCUGCUACUGAUUCAAUUUGCUUCCCUUGGAAGCCCGAGGAGCAGCAGAAAGCGCAGCGCGGGACGCAGAGCGAUAGCCCAGAAGCAGCUGCCUGCAGCAGCAGCAGCAGCAGCAGCAGCAGCAGCAGCGAGGAGAUCAGAGGGGCGUUUUUCAGCGGCUCUCUCGUGGCUGUGGCCUCCCAAGGCUUCAUUGCCGUUUUCCUGGUCAGCGGGUCGCAGCUGCGCCACGCUAACUGCAGCAGCACAAGCAGCAGCAAUAGCAGCAGCAGCAGCAGCAGCAGCAGCAGCUCCUGCAGCAGGGCCGGAGCUCGUUCUAGCGCCCACGAAGCUGCUUCUGCCCCCAGGUCCUCUCCAAGGGGUGGAGCCUGCAGCAGCCGGAGUCCAAGCCCGGGUGUACGUACACCUGGGAUGCAGGAGGAAGCAGCAGCAGCAGCAGCAGCAGCAGCAGCAGCAGCGGGGGGGCGCCCGCAACGAGCAGCAACACGGCGGGCCCGUGCUGCAGUUUCUGCAACUCUUUCUGGAGAGCUUUCAACAGACCCGGAGGGCCCCAGCGGCUCAGAUGAGGGGGCCCCGGGGGCCCACAAGGGGGCCCCCAAGGGGGCCCCCAAAGGGGCUUCCAAGGGGGCCCCUAAGGGGGCCCCCAGGGGUGCCCCCAGGGCCCCCAGGGGGGGCUCCAGGGCCCAGCGGGGCAGGGGGGGCCCCCCUCAUAAGGGAAGGGGGCCCCCAGGGGACAGCGGAGACAGCGAAAAAGAAAAUGGAAAAGAGACAGAAGCUGAGGAGGACUCGGAGGCAGAAGAGGAGCAGCAAAAGCUGCCCGCGAAGAAGAAGACAGGGCGGGCAGCAGCAGCAGCAGCAGCAGCAGCAGCAGCAGCAGGGGGGAAGAAGGGGAGCCGCAGCAGCAGCCGCUCAAAGGCUUCAGCCAAAAGAAAAGGACAAAAGAGACAAACAAAAGACAAAGGAGACACUUCGCCUUCUUCUGCGAGCUUUGUUGCUUCGGAGUCCCCCAGCAGCAGCUCGAGUUCAGUCAGCCUCGUCAGCAGCAGCAGCAGCAGCAGCAGCAGCAGCAGCAACGCCGGCAGCGACGCUGAAGCUUCUGACUCUGGAGGCGGCACUGACACCGGAAAAGGCAAAAAGAAAAAGAAGAAUGCAAAGCAGCAGCCCAAAAAAGACGGGAGCGCUGCUGCUGCUGCUGCUGCUGCUGCUGGUUGGAACGAGACAGCAGCAAAGGAAUUUGCUGCAGCAGCAGAGCAGCAGCAGCAAAAGUGGCGCCGAGCUGCCGAUGCUGCCCGCGAAGCAGUAUAUGCAAAGAGGGCCUCUGCUGCUGCUGGACUCGUGCAGCCGUUGCUGCUGAUGGUCUUAACUGUCCCUCAAACGAACACCAGCAGCAGCAGCAGCAGCAGCAGCAGCAGCAGCAGCAACGCUUCUCCUCCUCGCCCGCAUGGAAUCAUAACGGACUUGGCUGUCAGCAGCCCCCAAGUAUGCAGAACUUUCGUAUCGGCAGCAGGGGAGGCCCCCAAGGGGGCCCCCAGGGGGGCCCCAACAGGGGCCCCCAAGGAGGCCCCCAAGGGGGCCCCCAGGGGGGCCCCCAAGGGGGCCCCCAAGGGGGCCCCUCCCUCCAUGGGGCCCCUGCGCGUCUUUUCUGGCUCAGAGUCUCCUGAGACUUUGGAUUCUAUUUGCUGCAGCUUCCAAGUUUUUGCUGCUAUGAGCAGCGGCGCCUUGUGGCGCUUCAGCUGCUGCUGCUGGAUUUCGGGUGUACAGACACCGGGGCCCCCGGGGGCUGUGGGGUGCUGCAGCGAGCAGCAGCAAACCGCUUGCUGCAGCAAACUGACGGAGUUUGUGCUAAUAGAAGCAGCAGCAAAAGAGCCCCUGCUGCUGCUGAGGCCUGCAGGAGGGCCCAGCGGGCUGCUGCAGCUGGCGGACGUAAGCGAUGCGCUGCUGCCUCUGGAUAACGCAGCAGCAGCAGCAGCUGCUGCUGCUGCUGCUGCUGCAGGAGGAAGAGAAGCAGCAGCAGCAGCAGAAGCGGAAGCGGGAACAGCAACAGCAAGAAUGGAAGCAGCAGCUGCUGCUGCAGCAACUACAGCAGCGCCAAACGGCCCUUACGUAGGCGUGGAGCAGCAGACGCCUCGCCAGCAGCAGCAGCAGCAGCAGCAGCAGCAGCAGCAGCAGCAGCAGCAAGCUCUAGGGCUGCUCAGCUGUUGGCGCAUCGCUGCCACCAUUUGCGGCUCUUGGCUGCGUGUGGCGGUGAUGCGAGCUUCACCCCUUUGCGCUGCUGCAGCUGCUGCUGCUGCCUCUGCUGCUGCUGCUUCUGCUGCUGCUGCUGCUGCUGACUGCUGCUGCUGCAGCAGGCAGCAGCAGAUUUACAGAGCCGAGGCCCCCCUAUUCCCCGUGGGGCUCCCCCAGAUCGCCGAGGGGCCCCCCGUGAGCCUUUGUGUCCUUCCAGGGGCCCCCCUCCCUUUAGUGAGUCUUUGA